UCACUAUAAUAACUUCAUAGGAAAAAAACUGUUACUUUGAAUUCAAAUAGAUUAAUUCAGUUUAUUAUAAACUAACUAUGGUUAAAGUAUACGUGGCCGUAAUUUUUGUGAUCGCAGUCUACCUACAUUACGCUGAUGCCCAAGUUAUCAAUUGUAAGUGCGGGACAGAGUUAGGCCGUAUGUGCGGUGCACGGCGCGAGAUCCCGGUGCCCAGAUCCGAGCCCUACCUCACUGGGAUAGGGUGCGUCGACAACGCCCUCUACGAUUGCAGAAUGAAGCAUGGUCAUCCUAUCCUAAUCGCAAAUUGCCCUGUUGAAGCUUGCGAACAACAUAAAGAGGUUGGCGAAGAUGUGUGCUUGGUCAUUUAAUUUUUUGAAACUAGACCAACACGUCUGCAAAUUAAUUAUGCGCGCACAAAAUUAUUUUGUAUAAAUUUAAUAUUGAUCAAUUUUGAGUUUAAUAAAAUAUUUUUAGCAUUAAA